GACAAUCUCUGAGCAGGAGCGGCUUGUAAAUUGCAAUUGUAGGAUCUAGCAAACUAAGAGGCCCCUGUUAUCCAAACCAUCAACUUUCCUGCUCUGCAGUUCUAUCAUUAUUUGCUCUGGGAUUUUUUUUUUUUGUCACUUACAAACCCAUCAAGCCUGUUUUCUGGACUGCUGGUAGUAAGAAGAGAGCUCUUUCGAGUGCUGCUAAACUCCCCAUCCCCGCAAGUGAAAGGAUCCUCUUCUCUAUUUCUCUGUUCCUUGCAGGACUUUGGGACUCAUUGAUGCACCCAUUUCAGUGGUGUAACGGAUGUUUCUGUGGUUUGGGGCUGAUUUAUACCAAUAAAUCGUGCACAAUGCCUCCCAUCACCUUCCAGGAUCUACCGCUGAAUAUCUACAUGGUUAUUUUCGGCACCGGCAUCUUUGUCUUUGUGCUCAGCCUCAUCUUCUGCUGCUACUUCAUCAGCAAACUUCGACAUCAGGCACAGAGUGAAAGAUUUGGAUACAAGGAGGUGGUCUUGAAAGGUGAUGCCAGGAAGUUAAAUUUGCAUGGGCAGACCUGUGCCGUCUGCCUGGAAGAUUUUAAAGUGAAAGAUGAGCUGGGAGUGUUGCCAUGCCAACAUGCCUUCCACAGAAAGUGUCUAGUGAAGUGGUUGGAGGUUCGCUGUGUCUGUCCCAUGUGCAACAAGCCCAUCACAGGCCCCACGGAGCCCCACCAAGGCAUUGGGACACUCCUGGAUGAGCUGGUGUGAGGACCUCUUUUCUCCCCAAUGAAGCCAAACAGCCAUCCAGAUGGACCAUUUCCUGGUGAUCUCUGCACUUAAAUCCUCCACCCAUCUCCCCUGGGGACUGCUAAGCCAGCAGCCUGUGAUACCGUCUGCCAUGGGCAUACGGCCCCCUCGUAAAACCUAGGACAGAUCAACUGCCAUGAGUGCAGGAGGAAAACAAGCUGCGUCCCCUGUGAAGCACACAGAGGAGGAGGGGUUGGCCCAACUCUGAGGUCAUUGGGACCUGAGCGUCAAACUGCUGAUGCAUUAAGGGCCUGGGAGACUUAACUGUGCCCCUUCCUAGCUGAUCUUGCAGGGAUGUCUGAUUUCUUGGCACCAGGCUUCUGAAACUGGAUAUUCCUCACAGAGAGCACCCAGUUCACGGUGGGAAGCAAGGCAGGAGCCUCCCCCGCAACCCCCUGGGGACUGUAGUUCAAACCCGCCUACCACUACUGUUCUUAAUAGGUUUACUAUAACCCUCUUUCAAAACCAGAACUUACGUUUAGGGCCUUAACUCUUCCAUAGGUCCCAUGUAAAGGCCAAAGCUUUAGCUCUGCUACAGCCAGCCAGGAAUUGACCCCUGACUGCUGGAACCACAGCGCUGAUUCUUAUCUAUAGGUCAUUGAUGGGAUCUCUGUCUUAAAAAAUAAUAGUCAGUGUUUACAUAGGGCCUGAACAAAAACAGAAGCUGCAGAGGGCAUGUCAUGACUGAUUAGAUCCUGUUGGCAGAACUGGACUGUUGCAAGAGUGGAAAGGGUAUUUAGGGAACCACAGCAGGGGGGCGAGGGGGGGGGGGGCGUGCAGGGGAAUGCCCAUGUUGGACAUUAAUAUUCCUUUCUUGUAUCAGGUUAGCAAGACCUUUUAGCAGCCGGUGGAGAUAGUUUGGAGAUGUUUCAAAUACAAAGCAAGUUUUUCUUUUGAAUUAUUUUUAAUUUAAACUUGGAGGCUGUUUUUUUUUUAUUUUGUUUUUAAAGUCACCUCUCAAUUUCCUUCCAGCUCAGAGACUGCAAAUUAGUAAAACCACUCUGAGAUAUUCUGUUUUGUUCCUUGAACCUUUGUACCUUUCUGCAUAAGGUUUGGGGAGAGGGAGGGGCUGAUGGGUGGAAAAUCCAGUCUGGAUUCCCCCACCUCCUCCCCACUAUGUUGCACUGUAAAUAAUAUUUUUGUAUGCAUUACUUUCCUGACUGUCUCAGGCUUCCUACACACCCCUGAGGAUGGGGGAUGUACAGUUUUCUGUAAAACUGUAAUUAAACUGAAGGCAUCUCA